UAUUAUUCUUUGCCGAUGGAUAUAUUUCAUAAUAGCAGUCCUUAAUAAAAAGAAAACGAUGAAAAUCACAUUCUCACUAUUUAUAGUUUUACCUCUAUUGAAAUCAGUUGUAGCCAAUAAAGGUUUUGCAAAUUUCACUGUUUCUAAAUUUCAAGACGUAGAAGAGGGCUUUUUGAACGAGAUAGAGAUCUAUAUGGAUGAUUUUUCGAGAUGGACAAGAUUCUUAGUUCAUAAAGCAAACACACAUUUGAAACUGAUCGAUGAAAUAUCCAAUUUCAACUGCUCAUUUCAUAAAGUUUCCGAUUCACCAAAUUUGAUAGCAAGAACAGAACAAAAAAUUAAGGACUGCUUGGAGCAUUCUAUCUCAAAAGCUUAUCUUAUAUUAGAUAAAAUGAAGAAUGAAAUAACACUACAGGGUACAUCAACAAUGCGAAUGAAAUCUAUCGAUGCUAACUCGAUAGAAAAAAUUACAUUGAGUUAUGUGAAAAGGUCCAAAGAAAUGGAAAUGUUGGAGUUGAAGAUAAACACAUGCCUUGUUCAUGCAAUCGAAUCGUUUUUGAAACACGUAAACACCCGAAUAGAUUAUUCAAAAAAACCCAAUUAUAAAUCGUGAUUUUCGAUUGAGAAAGUUUCAAUUAUAAUUUUAUUGGCUAAUUAGGAAUUUUAUGAUUUGUUGUUGAUAAGUUUGAUAAUUUUUCCCUAAUAUGAAUAUUUCACUGUAAAAAUUGUUUCCCUAGCAUAUAAUACGAUAAAAAUUAUAGAAAAUGCAAACGAAUAUUAAAUUUGCCAUAGUUAUUUGUCUAAUUUUGGUAAUGAUCUGCAAGUCUGGAAAAACUUUUGGAAGAAAUAAACAACUAAACGAAAA